CGACCUAUGACCUCUUGUACCACUGACGACGAGAGGACCAAGUAACAUGAAAAUCGACAUUCACACUCACAUUUUGCCAGAAAAUUGGCCAGACCUGAAAGAGCGCUAUGGUUACGGUGGGUUUAUCCAGCUGGAACAUCACUGUGCGGGGCAGGCCAAGAUGAUGAAGGAUGGGAAGCUGUUCCGUGUGAUUGACGACAACUGCUGGUCUCCGGAAUCUCGCAUCAAGGAGAUGGAUGCUACAGGCGUUGACGUUCAAGCUCUGUCCACUGUGCCGGUCAUGUUCAGUUACUGGGCAAAGCCAGAAGACACGCUGGACCUGUGUAAGAUCCUCAAUGACGGAAUAGCUGACAUCGUGAAGAAGUAUCCAAAGAGGUUUACCGGACUUGGCACACUGCCCAUGCAGGCGCCGGAGUUGGCAGUUCAGGAACUCAUCCGUUGUAGGAAAGAGCUGGGUUUUCAUGGUGUUCAGAUCGGAUCUCACAUCAAUGACUGGAAUCUAGAUGCUCCUGAGCUGCAGCCAGUAUUUGCUGCAGCGGAAGAACAUGACUGCUCCAUCUUUGUCCACCCCUGGGACAUGGAUCAAGGGGGGCGGAUGAGCAAGUACUGGUUGCCAUGGCUUGUAGGCAUGCCAGCCGAGACGACUACAGCCAUUUGUUCCCUGCUGUUUGGUGGAGUACUGGAGAGGUUUCCCAAGCUCAAAGUCUGCUUUGCUCAUGGAGGUGGGGCCUUUCCCUUCACAGUCGGCAGGAUAGAGCACGGUUUCAAUGUCCGGCCUGAUCUGUGUGCUACUGAAAACAGUGUCAACCCUCGCAAGUACCUGGGGAAGUUCUACACUGAUGCUCUGGUACAUGACGCACGGUCACUGGAGCUCUUGGUUGAUGUUAUGGGCAAGGAGAGAGUGUUGCUGGGGAGUGACUACCCCUUCCCUCUCGGGGAACACCACCCUGGCAAGCUGGUGGAGUCCAUGGAGGGAUUUGAUGCAAAUCUCAAGGAUAAUUUGCUGGCUGGAAAUGCACUGGAAUUUCUUGGCCUGGACAGGGCCAAGUUUCAGUGAUGCUCUCCAUGAAGACCACACAAUGUCUUCAUCACCCUCCUACUGGUCUACCCAAGAAUUGAAGAUAACCAAAAACUGAAAUCCUGGACACUGUGUGACGUUGCUCUUAAGUAACUGGUGACAGAAUGGUGCAGACAAUGAUAUACAAGCUGCCAUGAUAUAGCUGGAAUAUUGCUGCUAUGGCUUAAAAAAAACACACAAAAAACAAAGUCAAUAUUUCUAUCCUCCGCAAAAAUCGCUUGCCACACUGACAGUGGUUGCCUUCAAAUUUUAUACAUUGGAGACGAUUGAAUAGCACAAUUUUGGUUACAAACUUUAAAAUAUGUAACAUGAAUAUGAAAUAAGAGCUCUGAAUGAUGCAAGGUUGUGUCAGAUAUAUUACCGGUACUUGCCAAUUGGUUACAAUCAGGUAGGUAUUAUGUGUGAGUGAGUGAGUCUGACACACAACACCCCUUUAACCAUGCUUUAAAUAUGUGAUGCCAUUGCAGCUUAAUGUGAGCGGUAGACCUCGUAGUGCCUACGCCUUAGACAUUUAUUUAGUAAUCUCACCAGUGAGAGUGGGUGGGCAUCUUCCCCAGGGAAAUGAGUUAACUGACUUUAAAAGUAAAGUUUCCACUCUUGAGUUAUAUUUUGGCUGGACUAACAAGGCUAUGCAUAGUCCAAUCAAAAUUGUGAAAGGAAAUCAAAAUCCGGUUCCUAAACUGUCGU